ACAAACAAAAAAUGUUUGAUUUCUCUCAUUCUCUGUACAUUGCUGUCAUCUUCGUCGAACAUCAAACCCAAAUUCGAAAAAUUCAAAAUCCCGCCUUCGCCUUCUCCCACAAACCCUAGCGAUAGUGUACCCACCACUAUCUCCGGCGACGGAAACCAGACAAGGUUGCCUCUAAACUUCCCGUUACGUGACCUAAUUCUCCGUCUAAGCAAGCGAUUCUCCAGAUCCGGAUUAUUGCAAAUCCAAGCUCCUUUCAUAGGCUAAGGAAAUGGAAUGUUGUGUAACCAGAAGAGAUAGUGUUGUUAGAGGAACAGUUAAUGAAGUGAAACAUACAGAAGAAGAAGAAGAAGAUCAUGGAUAUGGUGGUAACGAUUGUGAAUUGGAUCUACUCUACCUUGUACAUUCUGAUAUCUCAUCUCUUCUUCUCCAGAUAGAUGAGCUCGUUGUGAAAGCCACAAAGCUUAAGAACAUGAGCAAACAAGGGACAAGAGAAGUUGAAACAUUCAGAUCGGUGUUGUCGGAUGUGCAUACCUCAUUAAAGCCAUGGUUUCCUCGAUUGCAAGAAGCGUUAUCCGGCCUUCAGUUGCUUCCAAAGAAUCAAGAAGAACAUUCUUUGAUGAGCACUAGCAGUGUGCGCCCUAGCGAAGAGGAAGAAUUGUUUGAAGUUGAGAGUCCUGAGCCUACUCAAUUUGAGCCUUUAGUCUCUCCAUCUCCUCUCGUGGCAUGGCGUGGUGAUUAUAACGCCGACAAGGGUCGACAACUCUUUCUGUUGACACCACUACCCUUAGGCAAAUCUGCAUUCCUCAAACAUCAGAAUGCCUCCAAGAUGAAAUCUAAAAUGAUUCUGCCAAAUGCUGCUGCAAAUCAACGGCUCGAAGCUUCUAAAGAAACAAGUGAUGGUGUGUUAGGAGAGGAGUCUAUGAAAACCGCAGGACUUGGCAAUUCAUUAGACAUGGAUCUCUCUGAAAAUUUGGUGGAGUGUGAGCCAUUGUCUUCACCAGUUCUCAGGAGAAAAAUCCAGUCUGAGCUUCUAAUGACCCCUUGCUUGAAGAUGUCUCCUCCGAAACCUUUUGCUCUGUUUAAACCGGUUCCUGAAUCUUCUCAACCGGAAAAGCAAGGAGCUUGUAAGUCCACCUGCUCUGAAUUGGGAGCUAGUUCCACUUUUAAUGGUUCACAAAGCUCUGGAUCCUCUGGUAUUGAUAAAACAGACGAUCUCUGUUCGAAGUUUCCUGAGCUUUUGGGAAUAAAUCAUGCUCCAAUAGCCAGAAAAACUGAUAUUGAAUCGUCGCCGGUUUGGUGGUUUUCUCCUCCUAAAACAUGUGUUUUAUUGGAGCCUGUGAAUGAGAAGAAACAGAUUGAUGAAACCGGUGGAUCCAAAACGGUGUCCUCAUUUGCUUUUCCAAACGUUAAACCAGAAGCAGAACACCCAAAAGAGGAAAGUGUGUCAAUGGUGGUUGAGAGUACUCCAAUGUUGAAAGAAGCAGAGAGUGUAAUGACGAAAAACAGAACAAGAGCAGGUGAGAGUACUUUGAAGAAAGAGUUAUGGACGAGAUUUGAAGAAGCAUCAAUGCACACCAAUCGUCUCAGCUCGAUGACGACGACGACGACGAGAGGAAAGAAGAAGAAAGGGUUCAUGGAAAUGUUAGAGGAAGUGUGUGGCAGUGAGGAGAGUUAAAUUGAUGAUCAAAGUAUCAAAGAUUCGUAAUUUUGUAAUUUCUUGUUCCUUUUGUAAUUUUGUCUAUUGUACGGUUCGUUUUUUAAAUAAUCUAUAUACGUAUGGAAUCGAUUGA